AUGAAGAUACAUAAAUGCUUUAUGUGUAAUUAUUUUCUCAAAAUAGUUAAGAGGAAAAGAAAAAGAAAGAAGUACACGGGAAGUCGCAAUGCUCUUGUACGCAGGGGGAGACAGGGUGAACCAGAUGAUCUGCAGGGAACUCAUUCGAAUAGCACAAAUAGAAGUAGAAGUAGUUUUCUCGAAACUGAUCCAGAGGAGCAGGUUUUACCUGCAUUGCGAGAAGUAGCAUCGAAGGAAAAUAUUAAGUCUAGUGAUGAUAGCAGAGCGGUGGAGCUUAAUGUGGAUGGGUCUUGCCACUUUAGCUGCCUUCCCAUUUGCAGCUUCAGUUGCGAUCACAAUGGUUAUCUAAAUGAAAGAUGUGACAACAAUGGUUCAGAGGAAUCAGCUGAUGCGGGAAGCUGCAUCGAAAGCAACCCGCACGGAGUGAAACAUCACAUCGAUCAGCACAAUCAAAAAAAGGAGAAAGAAGCUAACUACUCGUGUAUGCUUCUGCAUGUGUGUGAGAAGAAUAAGAAAUCUCCCCCUUGCCUCAAGACCCUGAUCAGACGGAAAGAUAUAAAUGCGAACUAUUCGCUGGAUAGGCAUUACCUCACAUUUGUGGCUCAGUACCGAAUUGGGCAGAUAAAAAAAGAUAUCAUGAGGGUUAUCUGUUUUGUGCGUUUUUUCCUGUCGCGGAGGAAGAAUCAGAGGGCAAUCAACUUGAUGCAGCAAGUUAGUAAGUGGGAAGGUGGACCAUUGCACGUCACACCCAUGUGCGGAGAACUGCACCAUCUGUAUAAGCGCCAAAUGAGCAGAAUAAACAGAAGCAAAUGCAUCUAUAAUGAUCCCAUUUUGGAAACUCGUAAAAGAAGAUCACUAAGACUGUUCAAUAAACUGGUUAAGCAAAGUGUGCGGGUUGUCCAAAUGCUAGAAAUGAAAAAAAUUAGACACAAAAGAUUUGUUGAUCAGAGGAACGUGAAACCUUUCCAUCAGACAAACGUUACCACAAUUAUGGAAAAAAGAGUUGCCAAAAAUAAAUACUUAAGGGGUAUAAUUGAAUUAUGUCAAAUGUUCGUUAAUCUUGUGGAUAGCUCCCUUUUUUGCACUAUGAGCAGGAUGGGAAAGUCUGUAGUGCGAAUUGGUAGGGCAGAAAAAAAGACUCAUCGGGGGACUGUUACGACCACUGAUGCAGCAUUGCACAGAAGGGUCAACCUAAAUAAUGACCACACGAAAGACAGUGUCAGGAACAGGAAAAAGGGGAAGCAUUCCUUUAAAGGGGUUCACGAAGGGCGCCACGCUGAUAAAACAAGUAUGUCCUUUUUUAAGGAAAAUAAUGUGGGGACUCAUUUUUGUGAAGAAUCCGGGGGAGACCCUUCUUCUAUGGGUACGAUAAAAGGUAUACAGGAGGAAAACACAACUCUAAAUUCGACAGUUUCGAAUGAUAUGAGCGCAGGUAGGAAGCAAAAAGGAGGGAAAACUAGAAGGAGCUGCAUAAACACGCACGGUGGAACAGAAUUAACCAAAUGGGACAAAAUAUAUAGCACAGUUGAGCUGGACUAUUCGCUAAAAAGCAGAACAAUGCGAAGAGCAAAGCAAACCGGUAAGUGGUCCAUUGUGUUUCCCACAUGUGAAGGUAAAACCCCCGUUAAAAAAAUGCAUACCAGGAAGUGUGGUCCUAUUGGGGGAAAGGAAAAAAUAAGUGUCAGAAAAACACACAACAGGAGAAAUCAUUACAAAAUGUGCAAUCUAGGAAAAAAUAGAAAUCAUCGAGGAAGAGCAACAAAAAUGUGGCAAUCGUAUUUUCAGGAGAACGUUAAGAGUGAUCAAACGGAAGAGGCUAGCGAAGUGGAAGGGGAGACGACCCUCCCUGAAUAUGAUAGUCACGAGGAAUGGGUCAGGGCUGAGAAAACCUUUGGAGUGAACUCUCAUAAACUAGGGGGGGAAAAAGGAAGAAGAGAAAAAGACAAUCACCGAAUGUAUGACCAUGGGGGGAGGGACCCAUGCUGGAUGGUCAAAAGGAGUGAAACACACAGAGGAAGGUACAAUAUUCCCAAGGAAGACGACAAAAAGAUUGACCAUUCGGAUAAAAAAUGGGUGUAUCGAAAUAGCGAGAGAAAUAGCAUAAAUCAAAACGAUCUAAACUGUGUCCUGCACAGCGAAAACAAAUUUGUGGAAUGCCUACGAAGCUGCGAAGACAUUUGGAACAACUUCAAAUUGGUAAAACUGAUAAAGGAUAACAGUUCCAAUUUUGUAUAUAAGUGCUUCGACCCAAACAACAGAAGAUACGUGGCCAUCAAAAGUGUGAACAAAGAAAAGCAGCUCUCCAUUAUGAGCUACAGUACAUAUAUAAGUAUUUACAGAAUUGUGCAGAAGAUUAGUAACGAUAAUGUAGUGAAGAUUUAUGAUGUCCUGGAGGGCCCUUCUCACUUUUUCAUUGUCAUGGAAUUAUGUGAAGGGACAGACCUCGUCGAAUAUGUGUCGAAGGAGGAAAUUCCUUUCGAGAAGGCGAAGGAUAUUAUUUGCCAACUACUGAACGGAAUUAACGCUCUGCAUGCAAAUUCGAUCAUUCACAGAGAUAUUAAGCUGGACAACCUCAUGUUCAAGGAUAAGGAUUUCGAGAAGCUUGUCAUAAUUGAUUUUGAUAUGUGUGUUUACAUGUAUGGGGAGCUUGAUGUACCUGUGUGGAAGGGAAGCUGCUUGUAUGGCAGUGACACGAAGGGGGGGUUCGACGAGGAUGACUUUGGUAGCUGCGGGAGGGGGGGCGAGGCCGCCAAGGUGGAUAUCACCAAAGUGGAUUUCACCAGUGGGAACUGCGCCCAAGCUUACUGCACCAAUGGCAGCUUAACCAAUCCCAGCUUCGCCCAAAACAGCGUACACACCAAUUCCAUGCAAGUGUACAAAGCCCUUCCGGAGCACUCAUACAACUGCGAAUGUAUUACGACCGAGGACGCUACAAAGAGGGGGAGAAAUGUGCUGAGGGGAAGCCAGUUCCUGACGAACAACUUCUACUCGAAUAACACGUACACGAACAAAUUUGUGAGAAAUAGUGAAGACCGGAAAAAUUGUAUCAUGUACCCUCCCUACUCGGAUAGUUAUAUAAUGAUUCACAGGAACAGCAAGAAAACAACGUCCAUUAAUUACAAUUAUAUAAGUCAGAUAGAGAAUGGACUCCUAUCUGCAUGCACAGGCAACACGCAGAAGACGUUCAUUAACGAAGGGGACAAAGUAAUUUGCAACGAUCUGAUUGUUGGGACGAAGGAGUACAUGUCUCCGGACUGCUUGAAGGGAAUAUAUAGCAUAAGGACAGACAUAUAUAGCAUUGGAGUUACUAUUUUUUUAAUUCUUUUUAAAAAUUUCCCCUAUAUGUUUGAAGGGAAAAGUAUCAACAAAUGGCAAAAUGAAGUGAUGAAAAAAAAUAAAGACAUAGUCAUUCCUUUUUCCUUCCUGUUCCAUAACGUAACCUGCACUUAUUUCGUAAAAUUAAUGGACGUACACCUAAUGAAUAAUAAUAUUUAUUUUUGCAAAAAUAGUUGCCUUCUGGACAAUAAUUUGAAGGAAAUUGAAAAACUGCGGAACAUCAAAAUAGAUUUUAAUCAGAUCAAAAUCAAUGCCAAAAAUAUUUACCUGAUUGAAAUUUUGAAGCGGUCUUUAUCGCUCGACCUGGACGAUCAGUAUAGUAGCGUUUCCGAAAUUUUGGAAAACAAAAUUUUCGCCUGA